AUGAAAAAUAAGUCGCUAGCUGGUAAACGCCGCGCCUACGAGUUGGGUAACUUCAUACGUACCAGAUAUGGGGAGUACCUAUCCCACCAGUACAAUGGCUCCGAGAUCUACAUUAGAUCUACUGACUCCACCCGCGCUAAGAUGACUGUACUCGUCGAGAUGGCUGGCGUGUACUCCGGAAGACAUAGUUGGAGUAAUGACGUGAACUGGGUCCCCGUACCUUAUACUACGAUGCCUUUAAAGUAUGACUUUGUAAUGGGAAUGAAUUGCCCAAAAUUUAUGGAACAUUUUGAUGAAGUUUCUAAAACUUGUGUACCACAGAUGCAAAGACACAGUAGUGUUAUUGAUCGUCUUUCAACUAUUCUGAAGAUUGAUUUAAGAAGUAGACCUGUACAGGUUUAUUUCGCAUACGACGUGUUCGUGAGUCAGAUAAGCAUGGGACUUCCAGUUAAUCCAUCCAUCCAAGAAAUGAUGCCUGAAAUCAAAAUGGCGGCGGACACGGCGUUCGAUCUUCUGUUUGGAAAUCGAACGAUGUUACCUUUACAAGCUGGUCUUCUCUUAAAAGAGUUCUUCGAAGUAUCCUUUGCAGCAGUAGCUGGUGAACCAUCGCCGAAAAUAAGGAUAUAUUCAGGUCAUGAUAUCAACGUGUAUGCGUUAGAAGUCAUCUCCAGAGUGAUGCCUCAGGGUGCUCCACCAUACGCUGCACUAUUUGCGCUUGAAUUGCGAAGAGUGCGUGCAACUGGAAGAUAUGUAGUCCUGCCGGUAUACGUGAGUUCCCCUGGUGAACCAGUGCAGUACUUGCAAGUGAAAGGCUGUGACCUACUGUGUGAUUUGGAUAAAUUCUACGAGAUAACCUCUCCUGACCUGAUAGAUAUAGAUGAAAGGAAACGGCGCUGUAACUACGAUAGAAACGCUAAGUACAGUGCCGAAGGUCUUGAAUGAGUUUACUGUGACGAUUUUUAAAUAAUUGAUUUAUAGUAAUUG